CUGAGAAUGUGUUUCUGUUUCGCACCUCAAUCCCUAGAUCACAUGAAUGCAACAUUCAGAAAGAAAGAUUGACCACAAGAGAGCUUUCAAUGCUGCCACCCCGUCCAGAACACUAGCCUUUCAGCUUGCUGCAGUGUUUACAGUUCAGCGUUAAAAAGGGUAGAAAACUGGGCAACAACAGCAGCAAAAACUGGAACCUGUUGUGCGGGUCACUGCCCUCGCCUCGUUUUCAUUUGAAACUGGAAUAAUUCCGCUUUUCAGCAUAACUUCCAGUGCAACUCCUGCACAGAUUGGGAAUCGGUGUCGGCACAAACUUAAUUGCCCGCAUUUCAAUCACCUCUACAGAAUUAAGAUUGCCUGAAGCCGGUGUGCCCUGGCAGCGGAAGACAAGAAGACCAGCAAUGUCUUACUAUUCCAGAGUAGUGUUUUCCACACUCCACGCAGGUGCUGUCGGCAGGUUCUCAAAAGUGAAGCCAACCCAAGUUUUGCAAAGUUUUCCUGCCACAUUGCACAAGCGAGAAUGCCCAAGGUUCAGUACAUCAGCAGCAGCAGCAGCCAAUGCUGAAAAGGCCCUGUCUUUUAACUAUGUGAUUGUGGGAGCUGGAUCCGCGGGGUGCGUGCUAGCUAAUCGGCUCUCUGAAAACCCUGAUGAUUCGGUGCUUCUCUUGGAGGCUGGACCAAAGGACAUGCUCUUCAACAGCAAGCGCUUGUCAUGGAAGAUCCAUAUGCCUGCUGCUUUGAUCUAUAACCUCUGCAAUGACAAGUAUAACUGGUACUAUCAUACCACGGCACAGAAGCACAUGAAUAAACGGGUUAUGUACUGGCCCAGAGGGAGGGUAUGGGGUGGAUCGUCCUCCCUCAAUGCCAUGGUGUACAUCAGAGGACAUGCAGAAGACUAUAACCGUUGGCACAACGAGGGGGCCACUGGAUGGGACUAUGAGCAUUGCCUUCCCUACUUCAAGAAGGCCCAGGCUCAUGAGCUGGGUCCAAACCAGUACCGAGGGGGCAGUGGGCCGUUACACGUGUCACGAGGCAAGACGGAUCAUCCACUACACCACGCGUUCAUAGAGGCGGGCCAGCAGGCUGGAUAUCCAUUCACAGAUGACAUGAACGGGUUUCAACAGGAAGGGUUCGGCUGGAUGGACAUCACUGUUCAUAAAGGUCAAAGAUGGAGCUCAGCUAGUGCCUACCUACGUCCAGCUCUCACACGGCCGAACUUAAAAACUGCCGUGAAAACCCUCACAACAAGAAUUCUGUUUGAGGGAACGAAAGCUGUGGGAGUCGAGUACAUGCAGAAGGGACAAAAGAAGAAGGUUUAUGCCAACAAGGAGGUCAUUGUGAGUGGAGGUUCGAUCAACUCACCACAGCUUCUCAUGCUGUCCGGAAUUGGAAAUGCAGAUGACCUUAAAAACCUGGAAAUCCCUGUUGUGUCUCAUCUUCCAGGGGUUGGACAGAACCUUCAGGAUCAUCUGGAGCUGUACGUGCAGCAGCAGUGUACUCAACCCAUUACUCUCUACCGGGCUCAGCAACCCUUCCUAAUGGUUAAGAUUGGCCUGGAGUGGCUUGGGAGAUUUACAGGAUAUGGUGCAACCUCCCAUUUAGAGUCUGGAGGAUUCAUCAAAGGACACCCGGGCGUGACUCAUCCUGAUAUCCAGUUUCACUUCCUCCCAUCCCAAGUUAUAGAUCACGGACGAGUGAAUCCGAAAAUAGAGGCGUAUCAAGUUCAUGUUGGGCCAAUGAGAAGCGCAAGCAGAGGCUGGCUUAAGCUGAAGAGUGCCAAUCCACAAGACCACCCGAUUAUUGAGCCGAACUACCUGUCAACGGAUAUUGAUGUCUGGGAGUUCAGACAGUGUGUCAAACUUUCGAGGGAAAUUUUUGCCCAAAAAGCCUUCGACAAAUUCCGUGGCCAAGAAGUUCAGCCAGGCGUCAAUGUCCAGACAGACAAGGAAAUCGAUGCCUUCGUUAGAGAGAAGGCCGACAGUGCCUACCACCCCUCCUGUACCUGCAAAAUGGGGCAGCCCUCCGACCCCAUGGCUGUGGUGGACCCCGAAGCCAGGGUGAUGGGGGUGGAGAACCUACGAGUGGUGGAUGCGUCCAUCAUGCCAAGUGUGGUUAGCGGGAACCUUAACGCACCAACCAUCAUGAUCGCUGAGAAAGCUGCCGACGCCAUCAAGGGCCUUCCAUCCCUCCAUGAGAAGAACGUACCUGUUUACAGAGCUAAAACCCAGCAGUGAAUGGGUGGAGAAAAUACAACCAACACGAGUGAUUACAGACAGUUGGUACCCAGCUGGUGAGGUGCCAUUCUGCCUUACUCAUCUCCAGUUUGAAUGGCUUGACCAUCAACAAACAGGUGUUUAAACCUGGAGAGGUGCUUUUUUAUUUUUUAUUUUUUUUUAAAGUACAGAUUAAUGACAGAUCAUUUUAAAAGCAGUAAUAAUGUUUUUUAAAACAUUUCCUUGCAUUGUUUCCUAGCCUAUUUUAAACUGACACUUUUUAAAAUCUUUUUUACAUGUCUUAAAUUCCGUUGUGAAUGGUAAAUUAAUCAGCGUGCAGAAACCCUUUUUUUUUAUACAAAGCAAGAUUAAGCAGAAUAAUAAAGGUCUUUAUUAUUGAAAUUCCAGGAGCACAGAAAAGGGGUUAAUGCUCUACUUUUGUGAGCCGUAUUAAUAAUGAAUUAUUGAUUAGAUUAACUGAAUGUGACCUAUUACAGUUUAUACUUAAUCUUCUAUUAAUCAUGUCCCGCUUUUUCAAAUGAUAGUGUUAGUGUACCAUUACAUUCAGUUUAAUCAACAGGUAAUAAUUGAGGCUUGCAGUUUCAGUUUAAACCAAACAGAAAGAAUAUAAUGUUCCUGUCUCACUUGAGCACUGCACACUCUUUCCUGAUUAAUACACUCUUCAAAGCUGGUUUGCUUCCUUGUCCACUCAAUAUUCCAGAAAAACCUAGUUAAUUCAAGGCCGUUUGUCUCUUCAUAUUUUUGCGCUACAGUGUAUGUAGUCUAAUCUAAAGAAUAUGUAGCAUUACUGACUAUCGUAUAUCCGGUGUCAUGUUGAAUUUAAAAAUCCAGUUGUGUUUAUUGGAAUUAUUAGGAUGUCAUCUCACAGUUUGAUCCAGGACAGAAUUAAAAUAAAUACUUUACAGAUCAUUAAUGAUACAAAAUCAAGAAACACCAGGUACUAUACAGUACAUGCUGCUACUGUAGUGUUGUACAAGAAAUAAAGGGGGAAACUUGAAUACAAACUUCAAAGAACACAAGUAGUAUUUUCAACCAUGUACAUUACCACAGAUUAUUGUUUUCUCCUUAAUAUUAGUUUUAACAUUUUUUAUCCAUAUAAUAUUUAAAUACAUAUUUAAUUCAAAACUGCUAUUAAAAAUGAUUAAAUUGCUGUGUUUUUGUAAACUCUAAUACAUUACUUUUCAAGAUUUUUUGUUUGUUUGUUUUAUUCCUUUACUUGCAAACUGGUUUAAUUAGAGAAAUAAACUGCAGUGCUUGGUGAGUUUAUUACAUACCCAAGCAUCAUAAGGUGGCAUUAAAAUACAAAUAUAGAUCUCACUAUACCAUACAUACAGUCACAGGAAAGUACAAAUUAGCUCACCUUAUUACACAAAGAUUGGAAUUUCAUAUAAAAGAACAAACAGCACUAUACAUUUACUUAUGCAAUAACAGACCGCUAUGUGCUAAUAUUUAAAUACCAUUGGUAUAGAAUUAAAACAAUUCAGUUUUCAGGAAUCCCUGACAUGAGGUAAAAGUAACUUGGUUUAGUCUUUAGUUAUCAACACAAUUUACAAGAACUGUUCAAAAAGAAUGCAUAUUAGAUUAGAUGAUACCAGUAAUUGCUACGUACAGUACAAUGUGUGUUUGAAACGGUUCUUCAUAUGAUAAAUUACAGUCUCGAAUUUACAAAAGACCAGAACACAUUUUCACAUGAACAGUUCAAGAGCCCUUUCUGUAUGCACAUCCAUUGCUAAAUACUUUUAAGGUAUUUCUCUAUACUGGUCAGGAAUUUGAAAGUGUAGUUUAUUUCAAGGUAAUCAAAUAUUCAUUUUUUUUCUGUGUUAUUUUUUUUAUGACUAAAAACUUUUCAUGUCAUUUUUUUUCAGAUUGUCAAUAAACAUGGUUCGAGUCCAGAAGGGAACUUGUGUAAAAUGCCAUAUUUGAAACAGUUAUUUAAAACACUUGAUAUGUUUCUGCAAUCUCGUCCAGUGGUACUAUUAAGAACAUUGUAACAUGGAGAUAUGGGGGUGCUAUUGUUUUACCGCUUGUUAUCAUCUCACAUUUUACAGGGUUUGAAAAAUUUGAUCUCAAAAUACCAUACUGUGGUAUGCUGUUGCCCAAAUAUAUGAAUAAAUCCAGCUAAUGAAUCCAAUACAAAUGAGACAUUUUACUGAAACUGCAGUUUAAAAACCUACUGACAGGAAGGGACUGUGUGUGCCGGGAUGCAAUGCUAACUUAAUGUCAUCCUAUAAGAUGCAGCAGUGUUGUGCUGUAGCAAUGCUUUUUCAAGACUGACGAACAGAACACUGACUUUUUAUUUUAGAUCAGACAAUGGCUAGAACAAUCAAAAACAGGAACAUUCAGAUAUCCUGAAGCCACUGGCCAAGCACCAAUAGAAGGGCUGGUAAACAAGUACAAGUCUUUACGCAGAGGUCCACAAUGAAGAUAAGGAAGGUGUCAUUUGCAUAAUCAUGACCCCAAAUCAACUGUACAGUGCACUGUACAUAAUGCCAUUUAAUUUUAUAACUUGGAUCAGUUUGGCUCUAUAAGUAUCCAUUUUAAAGUAUCAGGGUUUUUAUCAACUAUUUAUUUGCAAAGGCAAUUUGAAAUGGACCCUUGAAAGCACUGCUACAUGACAGUUAUAAAAAGUAAAGCAGAGAAUUGUGAUUACUUUUAAGGUAUUUCUGUCAAACAUUUCAAUCCCUGUAAACAACGUUACGUUUGCUUCAUUUUAUCUGUCGGAUCAGGCAGCCUCAUUAAUACACCAGAUUGGUUGAGACUUUAACCAAUUGGUGUAAUUGUUUUGCACAGGAUAUGCAAAAAAUGGCCACAAGCAUACAUAGCAUUGCAACUUUUCAAGUGUGUUAAAGCAAAUGCCAUUUUGGCUUUUAAAAUCAGCAUCAUUUUGCUUUUGCUUUACUGUAUAGUGAGAUAAACAUUACAGUGAAAGGAAAUGUUAUUUCCGUUUUCAAAAAACACAAUCAUUAUCGUUUUACUUUGUUUUAUUUUUUGAGAACAUUAGGACGUUGCUAAAAGAACAAGCUAUUUCGAUUGCUGAAAACACAUUUUUGCAUAUCCUGUGUAAACAUAUAUUCACAUUGACUUAAAACGUAUUCUUAAAAAGAAAGGAUGCAUCUUAGCAAAAAGAAAAGGCUGUUAUACUAUAGUAGUCUAUGUCCCUAAUAAAAUAACAUCAAUCUAUUUGAUAAGAAUGAUAAUAAUUAAGAACCAUAUUGCUGCUUUUUGUGUUUUUCGAAUACAGUACCA